ACACUGACUUAUAUUAAAGUUGCCAUGGCUGGGAAAAAUCUUUUAGCCUGUCUCCAUAGAGUAAAUACAUUACAGAGAUUAUCGCAUUCAACUUCUACAUAUGUUGACAAAAUUGGAAAUCGUGAUGUUGUUGGAUUCGGGAUAAAUGGAACAGAAUGUUACAUUGAUCGAUUUGAGCGACCAAUGCCCGCCAUAAGAUUCAAAGAAAAUACUCCUGACGUAAUGGCUCUGAGGGAGAAAGAGAAAGGAGAUUGGAAAAAACUUUCGAUUCAUGAAAAAAAAGAACUUUACAGAGCUAGCUUUUGUCAAACUUUGGCGGAAAUGGAUGCACCAACAGGAGAAUGGAAGUCCGUUAUUGGACUAUCAGCCAUUGGAGUCGCUAUUGGACUUUGGUUGUUUAUUUACUUUAGAUUGUUUGUUUACCCACCAUUGCCUGAAUCUUUCAAUGAAGAAAACCGAGUGGCGCAAAUGAAGCGUAUGUUGGCAUUGGAAAUGAAUCCUGUUGAAGGAAUUAGUUCUAAGAAAAAUAGAGUAAAAUUAGGGUUAGACCCAUACCCAAAAUAAUUUUUCACUUCACUUAAAUUCAGUUCAUCCUGGUAGAAAUCACAAGUUGUAAUAAAAAUAUGUAAAAAUAAAGUAAUAAAAAUUGAAAUAAUAAUAAUAAUAAAUAAA